GCUCCCCUCCCAGCCCUCGCGCCCGCGCUCGCCCUCAGCGCGGCCCCCGCCAUGACGGAGGCGGGUGCCGGUGCCGCCGCCGUCGCAGGGGGGGAGUCGGGCUCCCAGAAAGUAGCUUGAUGAGUGUCCAAAGUAGCAGUGGAAGUUUGGAGGGGCCGCCAUCUUGGUCCCGGCUCUCCACGUCUCCAACCCCAGGCUCGGCGGCAGCGGCCAGGUCCCUGCUGAAUCACACGCCGCCAUCCGGGAGGCCCAGGGAAGGUGCAAUGGAUGAACUUCACAGUCUGGAUCCAAGAAGGCAAGAAUUAUUGGAAGCGAGAUUUACUGGAGUUGCUACUGGGAGCACCGGGAGUACUGGGAGUUGCAGUGUUGGAGCGAAAGCUUCAACAAAUAAUGAAAGUUCUAAUCACAGUUUUGGAAGCUUAGGAUCUCUAAGUGACAAAGAAUCAGAGACACCAGAGAAGAAACAAUCUGAGUCAUCCAGGGGAAGAAAGAGAAAAGCAGAAAGUCAGAAUGAAAGUAGUCAGGGAAAAAGUAUUGGGGGGCGUGGCCACAAGAUUAGCGACUAUUUUGAAUACCAAGGUGGAAAUGGCUCCAGUCCAGUAAGAGGCAUACCUCCAGCAAUCCGCUCUCCGCAAAACUCACACUCACAUUCCACUCCCUCCUCAUCUGUUCGACCGAAUAGUCCUUCUCCUACUGCAUUAGCUUUCGGGGACCACCCUGUUGUACAACCAAAGCAGUUAUCCUUUAAGAUCACUCAAACUGAUCUUACAAUGCUGAAAUUGGCAGCAUUAGAAAGUACUAAAAAUCAGGACCUGGAAAAGAAGGAAGGUCGGAUAGAUGAUUUGCUCAGGGCCAACUGUGAUCUCAGGCGGCAAAUAGAUGAUCAACAGAAAUUACUUGAAAAAUACAAAGAACGAUUAAAUAAGUGCAUAUCUAUGAGCAAGAAACUGCUUAUUGAAAAGAGUACACAAGAAAAAUUGUCAAGCAGAGAGAAGAGUAUGCAAGAUCGGUUGCGCCUUGGGCACUUUACAACAGUUAGACAUGGCGCUUCUUUUACAGAACAAUGGACAGAUGGUUUUGCAUUUCAAAAUCUUGUGAAGCAACAAGAGUGGGUGAAUCAACAAAGGGAAGAUAUUGAACGGCAAAGAAAACUUCUAGCCAAACGCAAACCUCCCACAGCUAAUAAUUCUCAGGCACCUGCAACCAAUUCUGAACCAAAACAAAGAAAAAACAAGGCAGUCAACGGAGCAGAAAAUGACCCCUUUGUUAGACCAAAUUUACCACAACUGCUGACUCUGGCAGAAUAUCAUGAACAAGAGGAAAUUUUUAAACUUAGACUAGGACAUCUGAAAAAGGAAGAGGCUGAAAUCCAGGCGGAACUGGAGCGUUUGGAAAGGGUCAGGAAUCUUCACAUCCGAGAGCUGAAGAGAAUAAACAAUGAGGAUAAUUCACAGUUCAAAGAUCAUCCAACAUUAAAUGAAAGAUAUUUAUUACUCCAUCUGCUUGGAAGAGGUGGCUUUAGUGAGGUGUAUAAGGCUUUUGACUUGUAUGAGCAAAGAUAUGCUGCUGUGAAGAUCCACCAGCUUAAUAAAAGCUGGAGAGAUGAGAAAAAAGAAAACUACCAUAAACACGCUUGCAGAGAGUAUCGAAUACACAAAGAGCUGGACCACCCCAGAAUAGUUAAACUCUAUGAUUACUUCUCCUUGGACACAGAUACGUUUUGUACAGUGCUAGAGUACUGUGAAGGCAAUGACUUGGACUUCUACCUGAAACAACACAAGUUGAUGUCUGAGAAAGAAGCACGGUCCAUUGUGAUGCAGAUUGUGAAUGCCUUACGAUAUCUCAAUGAAAUCAAACCUCCUAUUAUACAUUAUGACCUUAAGCCAGGAAAUAUCCUUCUAGUAGAUGGAACGGCGUGUGGAGAAAUCAAAAUCACUGAUUUUGGUCUGUCUAAGAUUAUGGACGAUGACAGUUAUGGUGUUGAUGGGAUGGAUCUGACUUCCCAGGGGGCAGGCACUUACUGGUAUUUACCUCCCGAGUGCUUUGUAGUAGGAAAAGAGCCACCGAAGAUCUCCAACAAGGUGGAUGUCUGGUCAGUUGGGGUCAUCUUCUUCCAGUGCCUCUAUGGUAGAAAACCAUUUGGUCACAAUCAAUCUCAACAAGACAUUCUACAGGAAAACACAAUACUAAAAGCCACAGAAGUCCAGUUCCCUGUAAAACCAGUUGUAAGCAGUGAAGCCAAGGCCUUCAUAAGACGCUGUUUGGCUUACCGAAAAGAAGAUCGAUUUGAUGUGCACCAGCUGGCAAAUGACCCAUACCUUCUGCCACACAUGAGAAGAUCAAAUUCUUCAGGCAACCUACAUAUGUCUGGGCUCACAGCAACUCCCACGCCUCCUUCUUCAAGCAUAAUUACUUACUGACUCCUCCACGAUGGGCAUGAUCUCUUCUCUUUGAUUGGCUUCCAGAUGCAUACUUGAAUUUGAGUGCAUUUGAGUGUUUGUGAUUUUUUUUUACAUGGGACAUGGUUAAGAAGUGUUUGUGAACUAAAGCUCUCCAUGGAGUCCUUUGUGUGAGAGUGGAUCAUGGACAGUGACUAAGUACACACUCCUCACUGCCCUGGAGCAGCACAAAACAGGAACACCAUGUUACAGUAGAACAAGGGGACUCUGUAAAUAACGUUUAUAAUACUUAAAUAUAUUUGAUUGUUACCAGAGAGUUCUAAUAAGAAGGGUAGUUUUUCAUUAUUUAAGAACACAUGGAAAAAUGAUGGGACAUUUGUGACACGGGAGCUACAGUGCCUGGUACAGCGUCAGCACUCGGCAGCUGAUCUACAGAAACCAAAGCAAGAGCCGAGUGGCAGCCGCUGUGUUUGCAGCAGAACGUGAGAGCUGGGGUCUCUGGACAGUUGUGGACUUUGUCAUUUGCCGAUUCUGGCUUUUACCAAGUUGUACCUCGAAAUCACAUGUCAGUGGUCUGCCACCCUACCCCCAACCCCUCAUAACUGGUUUUGUUAAAGGCGAGCUGUCGUUUCUGGAUACUUUAUACUUUUAACACAAAGAGCUGCCUAUUUCAAAUCAGUUGAAGUUACUAAAUCAUAGUAUUUCCAGGGCUUUCAGUGUUUUAGAAUUAACAGGCAUUUUUCUUUUGUUUCUAGGCCUCGUUCAUUAAAACAGGAGACAGUGUGUAACCAAAAGCAGGCCAGUCGUGUGCAAGAUAAUGAUGAAUCCCCUUCUGGCUCUAUUGUAAACUACUGUACAGAUGUCGGAUUACAAUUACUGAGUUUCAGCAGCUUAUUCUUGUACAAAUGUUUAAAAAUACUGCUUUUCUAAUUGGAUAUUGUAUUUUUUUUAAGUCUUCUUGAAGGCGCUUUAAUUGCUGCUAAAUGAUAUUGCUUUUUUGCUAUAAAAAUUUGAAUGACCUUGAAGGCACAAGUUGACUGUACAUCAUAGAGAGAUAUUAAAAGCAGGCAUUCAUUAACAAUCAAGGCAUGUAAAUGAUCUACAUCGGGCAUAUUGAGUUCUUCAAAUCAGUUUUUAGGUUCUAGAGCUGUGGAACAAUAGAAACUAGAUUUAUAAAUUGUUCAUGGUUAUUCUACAUUUCUAGAAAGUUCUUAGCAUCGAGAUGGGAUGAUAGUCCCAUAGAAUGUUUCUUGUGGUUUGUACAGAUUUGUUAAAAUGUGAACAUUUUCUAACUGCCUUGUGUGGUAGAAACCAAUAUUUUUGGGGGAUGCUAUAUUUCAUUCUUGUAAGGAUUUUUUUUUUAUUGUCACACUCAUAAUGCUGAGACUUACAUGUAAGUUGUCCAUGGUGCAGAAAACAGACUAUCCCUGCCAGAUGCCCCAUACCAUGUACAGUUAAACUGUGGCUCUUACCUGGUGUUGCAAGCCAUUUUGUGUGUUUGUUUUCAUUGUACAUAGACACACUGUCUGUUUAAGAUGCUGCUGGAAUUAUAGAGAAUGUAGCCAAACAGUAAUAAACAAUGACAGCAAAA